AUGUUGAGGAGCUGGUCGUCAGCGAGAAAGACCCUCCCCCGCUGGUCCGGUGGUUUGGGACACGGGGAGAGUGUGCUCGUCAGACGGAUCUCGGGUCUGACAGGGCCUGUGGGUCCUGUGGGUCCUGUGGGGGUCGUAGAGACUCGUUUGGAGGCUCGAAGUGGAAAACCAUUUUUGAAUGGCGGGUUUGUAUUGGGAAAUCGACUAAGAAGAGUGGACGGAAGUCGUCAACUGACGACGAAGUCGACGACGGGUUUGGAGAACAGCACUGAUCAGAGCAUCCGAGAUGUGUUUGAUUCGGUCGAGUUCUGGAAAAAAGAUUUUGCACCUGGCCAUACAAAUGCUCUUGAACCCACUGGUUUGUUUGAGAACAGAUAUCUUACCACGCCACAGGGAAUGGUAGAGUUCACACAGGAGUCGCUGCGACAGGCUCAGGAACUGACUCUGAAGAUUAUAAAUGCUGGAGACGACCCAGAAGCGCUUCAUAAUGCGAUCCGCAAUUUCGAUAUCUUGAGCGAUAUCAUCUGUAAAGUUAUCGAUAUGGUUGCAUUUGUGCGUAUUUCGCAUCCUAAUAAAGAGUUCAUCAACGUGGCUCAGGAGUGCCAUGAACUCAUGUAUGAUUAUAUGAAUAUGCUGAAUACCAGCGUGGAGUUACAUGAUAUUCUAGACAAGGUUCUUGGCAAUAAUGACAUUAGAAACGGUCUUUCUAGUGAAGAGAUAACUGUGGGAGAAAUCCUGCUGGCCGAUUUCAAGAAAUCAGGAGUCAAUUUGGCCCCUCAUGAUCGAGAAAAGUUUGUUCGGUUAUCAAGUAAAGUAUCGAUUCUUGGCCAGCAGUUUUUGAAUAAUAUUGGCCCUGCAAAGCAUCAUUUAACAUUUUCUAAAUCUCAAGUUUGGGGUCUUGAUCCUGUCUUGGCUAAUAGACUGAGGUCGUUUGGCGGCAGGUUCAAAAUCCCUACCUACGGUCCCGUAGCUGAUAUGGCAUUACAAACAAUUUCCAAUGAAAACACCCGACGGGAUAUCUGGCUUGCUCAGAGGUCUGCUACUGAUGAACAGGUGGGUUUACUUGGCGACUUUCUCACUGCACGAGCUGAACUGGCUAGGAUGAUGGGCUGUAAUAGCUUUGCUGAGUACGAACUUAAAGAUAAAAUGGCCAAGACACCUGUCAAUGUACAACGUUUUUUAGACGAACUAGCUCAACAAACAAAUCCUCGAGCUGCCAAGGAACUAUUGGAUCUCAAAAAACUCAAGAGUGAUGAGAAAGCUACUCCGUUGGCUGAAACGUUACUGAAAGCAUGGGACAGAGACUACUAUGCUGCCAAACACACGCAUUCUAAACGGUCCAAGAGUAAAUCGUCUGAUUUUAUAUCUGCAUAUUUCUCAUUGGGUACUGUCAUGCAGGGACUGUCUCGACUGUUCACGAGAAUAUACGGCAUCUCGUUUGUACCUAUUGAGACCAAACCCGGUGAGGUAUGGGAUGACGAAGUUCGUCGUCUGGAUGUGGUUUCUGAAACCGAAGGUAAAAUCGGCGUUAUCUACUGUGAUUUGUUCCAGAGAGAUGGAAAAUCGCCUCACCCGGCUCAUUUCACUGUGCAGUGUUCUCGCGAGAUCACUCCUGGCGAGCCUUCAUAUUACCAUCAAGGCAGUUCUGUUAUCCGAGACAGCACCAACCGAUGCUAUCAACUGCCCAUUAUUGCACUUGUCUGUGAUUUUGUCAAGGAUCCUGCUCUGUCCAAGUGUCUAUUAUCGUACAGUGAAGUUCAGACUCUAUUUCACGAAAUGGGUCAUGCCAUUCACUCAAUGCUCGGUAGGACUAGUUUGCACAAUGUAUCAGGUACACGGUGUGCCACUGACUUUGUCGAGUUACCAUCAGUGUUAAUGGAACGGUUUGCUGCCUCACCUGAAGUCAUGAAACUGUUUGCACGACACCAUCUAACCGACGAGCCACUGCCACUAUCAGUAUUCAACUGUCAGCUAAGCCUUCAAUCACUGUACGAUCAAACCGAAACAUACCAUCAAAUCCUCAUUUCAAUGCUCGACCAACAAGUGCAUUCUGAACUAGCAAACACUCCGACAUUCGAUCCCAACGCCAUUUACUAUGAACUUGAAAAGUCCCGAGGUCUUUUCGAAGCGCAUCCCGACUCGCGAUGGCCAGCCCAGUUCGGCCACCUGUUUAGCUACGGAGCAAACUACUACUGCUACCUGUUCGACCGGGCCAUUGCCGACCGUAUCUGGCAAAAACUGUUCGUCAACGACCCCACCUCCCGCGAAGCCGGCGAACAUUUCCGACGCGAAGUCCUCUCCUGGGGCGGAAGCAGAGACCCCUGGCAGUGCGUCUCAGCGGUCCUCCGCGAACCGAGUCUCGCCAACGGCGACGAAACCGCCAUGCUCGAGAUCGGUCGCUCACUAAAAGCUUAA